GUAUGCUGACUUGUAGAAUUAGUUUUCUUGAAAGAAACUAUUUCCUGUUAUUUAAUUUUUAUGACUGAAUUACUGCUGAAGAUUGCUAUACGUACAAAGAAUAAAUGAAGUAUUCAUCAGAUUUAGAAUUAUGCUCUGAUAAAGUUUGAUGAAGUUUACAAAAGUACUUCAAUGUUCAGGAAAAAAACCUGACAUAUUAUCUUUGUGAUACCGGGAUUAUGAAUUAAAUUUGACAGACAAAAAGUAUCACAUUAUAGACAUAAACAUUUGAUUUUGAAUGAAAAUAUAUCCGUGAAUGAAAUUAUUCUACAAUUAGGAAAAACCUCCAUGGAUUGUGUUAGCAAUGGAUUCUUCAUCACCAAAACUAUACAAGCUAAGUCUAGAGUUUCAGCAGGUCUAUGUUUAAUGAUAUUCCACCCUCUGUAAGUUACUGAGUGAACUUAUAUGACAUUUUUAAUUUUACUCCUAUUAACAAUAUUAUAAAGCUAGGAAAACAUCACUCUAACAUGAGGUUUGCCAAAUAAAUUGUUGAAGUGAACCCAAAAAUAAGUUACAAGGAUGUAUAAUUUACAAUUAUUUAGAGUUGGGUAUAUUAUGAUAUUGGUGUGUGUGUGCAUGUGAAAAAAUUAUUUGUUAAUUGUAAAGGGGAGGGGAAACAAUUAGCAGAUGAGGAUUGAACAUACCUUUUUUUCCCUUAGUUUCCACAAACUUGAUUUUUAGAGAGUAGCUGGAUCUUUGUGUACUAUAUUGGUGCUGUAACUUCUUACUUAUUUAUUUUUUUCUCAGUCUUGCAUUAUGUAUUAUGUUAUAUUAAUGAUAGUAAAUGCUAUCUGAAAAUGUAACACUUUAUAUAUUUAUUUUUAAAAUGAUAUAUUUGAUAGAGAACUCCAAUGUCUGAAGCCAUGUACAACUAUUUUAGAUGAUCUUUUUUGCUGUUACACAUUUUUUCCAAUGCUAGUGAAAUUCAGAGGAUUGGGCAUUACAAAAGUAAUGUUGGAGAACUUGACAAUUUGCCUGGGCUGAGAUGUGUUGAUAAUUCAGGUGGAUUAAUAUAGUAAAAAAAAACAUAUUGAAGAGACUACUUUGUUGGUAGAUGUUUAAAAGACAAUUCUAGACAUUGUUUGCAUUUUGUAAAAGGACUCCCAAUUACAUGUAUUAGAAUAACUUCGAUGUGACUGUUUCGUAUUGUUUCAUUCAUCGCCAUGGUGACUGACUUGUUACCAUGGUAACAAGUGUGUUGUGUACUAACCUGUAUGAUUUUAUACUGUAUGGAGGCUGAGGCCAGAGGGUUGACAUAUUUCUGAUAGUUUGAUAGAUUUCUUGUCCACAACAAUCUUAUAUAUGGGUGGCUGUCUUCAGCUGGGAAUAUGUUACAAUCAUUUGUGAAUUUUUUUCCAUUACCAAAAUUGAUUUUUUUCUGAACAUUCUCUGUCCUUGGGACUACUACAGAACUGGAUCUGGCUUACACAGUUAAUUUUUCUACAGUGCUGACAAAACUUUUCACGUGCAUGUUGGUGGCAUUUUAGAUGUUCAUUGGCAUGUAUUGCCCAAGUUGAAAAAGCUGGAAAAUCUUCUUUUAUAAUUAAAUGUGUACAUUUCUUUGUUUUAUUUACAGUGAUAAAAAUUUUAAAGAUAAAAAUGUAACAAAAGUAUCAAGGAUAAUGAUUUUUAGUAAGAGUUCCUUCAUCUGACAGAUAUUUUGGGUGAGGUUAAAGUUGUGAGGCCACAGAAAAUUAAUUUUUAGAUUUAAAGCAAAUUAUUUAUUAGAAAAUGAUGCAGUUCAUCUGCAGGUAAAGUGGACUAUCUGCUCAGAUAUCAUGAAAAAUAACUAUUUUGAAGACUAUGUCAGUGAUUUUGAGUGAACGUUUUUGUUUUCCAACUUGAUACAGAGGCCAAUUUAGAUAAUCAAAAAUUUGAAAUUAAUUUACUGUGGUCUUGCAUAGCUUUCUAAGGUUUGGGAGGGGGACAGCAUUGCACAUUUAAUUAUUCCAGCUUUUUCUUCUCCGUCAAAUGCUGAAAAUACUAUAAUUGUUGAUUUUAGCAUAUUUUGUUUAUAUAUAUACAUAUAUAUUAUAUAUAUUUAUCAUUUAAAGAAUCUAGACUUUUUACUCUGUCAUUAAAUAAAAUGUGAGAUCUGUUAA